AUGGCUGCUCUCUGUGCCAGAGGUCCCUCAUCCAGAGAGAACAACCAAGGGUGGAAGAUACCGCCAAGAGACUUCCAAAGAAAUUAUUCGCCUAGACAAAAUGGACGGGUGGUGUACCUGCUGUAUGAAAUCAGGUGGAGAAGAGGUUCCGUCUGGAGGAACUGGUGCUCGAACAACCAUGAACAACAUGCUGAAGUCAACUUCCUGGAAAAUCAUUUCAAUGACAGGCCACAAACUUCUUGCUCCAUCACCUGGUUCCUUUCAACUAGUCCCUGUGGAAAGUGCUCCAGAAGGAUUCUGGAGUUCCUGAGGUCACACCCAAAUGUGACCUUGGUAAUAUAUGCAGCCAAGCUGUUCCGGCACCACUAUAUUUGGAACCGACAAGGUCUCCGCAACCUGAUAAUGAAUGGAGUCACUAUACGUGUCAUGAAUCUUGAAGAUUACAGGUACUGCUGGAGAAAUUUUGUUGCAUAUCAAAAUGGAGAAGAUUAUUAUUGGCCCCAGAACGUCAUUGUAUACUUCUUUCUGAAUUGCACAGAACUCUUUCAUAUCUUUUUGGGGCUUCCUCCACUUCUGGCAAACUGA